AUGGUGUACGCUGACUCACCACAGGAAGAAGGGCAGCCAGCAGAGCAUGAAGGCUCCCAUGAUGAUGCCCAGCGUCCUGGCCGCCUUGUGCUCAGUCCUCCAGCUGGUGCUCUGCUGCUUCAUCGUCGUCCCUGCAAGCACACCGACACUCCGCCAGUUACCGCCGUGAUCCUGGUCCCAGCAAGAACACCACUGUGUGUCACUCGCCCAGUUACCGCCGUGAUCCUGGUCCCUGCAAGCACGCCACUCUGUGUCACUCCCACAGUUACCGCCGUGAUCCUGGUCCCUGCAAGCACACCACUGUGUGUCACUCCCCCGGUUACCGCCGUGAUCCUGUUCCCUGCAAGCUCACCACUGUGUGUCACUCCCCUGGUUACCGCCGUGAUACUGGUCCCUACAAGCACGCCACUAUGUGUCACUCCCCCAGUUACCGCCGUGAUCCUGUUCCCUGCAAGCUCACCACUGUGUGUCACUCCCCCAGUUACCGCCGUGAUCCUGGUCCCAGCAAGCACGCCACUGUGUGUCACUUCCACAGUUACCGCCGUGAUCCUGGUCCCUGCAAGUACACCACUGUGUGUCACUCCCACAGUUACCGCCGUGAUCCUGGUCCCUGCAAGCACGCCACUGUGUGUCACUCCCCCAGUUACAGCCGUGAUCCUCGUCCCUGCAAGCACGCCACUGUGUGUCACUCCCCCAGUUACCGCCGUGAUCCUGGUCCCUGCAAGCACGCCACUCUGUGUCACUCCCCCAGUUACCGCCGUGAUCCUGGUCCCUGCAAGCUCACCACUGUGUGUCACUCCCCCAGUUACCGCCGUGAUCCUGGUCCCUGCAAGCACGCCACUCUGUGUCACUCCCCCAGUUACCGCCGUGAUUCUGGUCCCUGCAAGCAAGCCACUCUGUGUCACUCCCCCAGUUACCGCCGUGAUCCUGGUCCCUGCAACCACGCCACUGUGUGUCACUCCCCCAGUUACCGCCGUGAUCCUGGUCCCUACAAGCACGCCACUGUGUGUCACUCCACCAGUUACCGCCGUGAUCCUGGUCCCUGCAAGCUCACCACUGUGUGCCACUCCCCCAGUUACCGCCGUGAUCCUGGUCCCUGCAAGCACGCCACUCUGUGUCACUCCCCCAGUUACCGCCUUGAUCCUGGUCCCUGCAACCACGCCACUGUGUGUCACUCCCCCAGUUACCGCCGUGAUCCUGGUCCCUGCAAGCACGCCACUGUGUGUCACUCCCCCAGUUACCGCCGUGAUCCUGGUCCCUGCAAGCACGCCACUGUGUGUCACUCCCCCAGUUACCGCCGUGAUCCUGGUCCCUGCAAGCACGCCACUGUGUGUCACUCCCCCAGUUACCGCCGUGAUCCUGGUCCCUGAAAGCACACCACUGUGUGUCACUCCCCCAGUUACCGCCGUGAUCCUGGUCCCUGCAACCACGCCACUGUGUGUCACUCCCCCAGUUACCGCCGUGAUCCUGGUCCCUGCAAGCACGCCACUGUGUGUCACUCCCCCAGUUACCGCCGUGAUCCUGGUCCCUGCAAGCACGCCACUGUGUGUCACUCCCCCAGUUACCGCCGUGAUCCUGGUCCCUGCAAGCACACCACUGUGUGUCACUCCCCCAGUUACCGCCGUGAUCCUGGUCCCUGCAAGCACGCCACUGUGUGUCACUCCCCCAGUUACCGCCGUGAUCCUAUUCCCUGCAAGCACGCCACUGUGUGUCACUCCCCCAGUUACCGCCGUGAUCCUGGUCCCUGCAACCACGCCACUGUGUGUCACUCCCCCAGUUACCGCCGUGAUCCUGGUCCCUGCAAGCACACCGUUGUGUGUCACUCCCCCAGUUACCGCCGUGAUCCUGGUCCCUGCAAGCACACCACUGUGUGUCACUCCCCCAGUUACCGCCGUGAUCCUGGUCCCUACAAGCACACCACUGUGUGUCACUCCCCCAGUUACCGCCGUGAUCCUGGUCCCUGCAGGCACACCACUGUGUGUCACUCCCCCAGUUACCGCCGUGAUCCUGGUCCCUACAAGCACACCACUGUGUGUCACUCCCCCAGUUACCGCCGUGAUCCUGGUCCCUGCAAGCACACCACUGUGUGUCACUCGCCCAGUUACCGCCGUGAACCUGGUCCCUGCAAGCACGCCACUGUGUGUCACUCCCCCAGUUACCGCCGUGAUCCUGGUCCCUGGAAGCACACCACUAGUGCGAGCGUCGGCGGUUGAGUGCGAGCGGUGGUGGAAAAGUGCGAGCGGCGGUGGAAGAGUGCGAGCGGCGGCGGUUGAGUGCGAGCGGCGGCGGUUGAGUGCGAGCGGCGGUGGAAGAGUGCGAGCGUCGGUGGAAGAGUGCGAGCGUCGGUGGAAGAGUGCGAGCGUCAGUGGUUGA